AUGUUUACACUCAAUGGCAAUUACAAAUGGGUCGACGAGUUGCCGCGUCUCGUAUCAGAUUACAACGCGCGCAAGCAUCGCACUAUCGGCAUGCGAUCCGCCGACAUAACUCCCGCGAUCGCCAAAAGACUCUUGAACACGGUGUACAGCGCGAUAAAAAUCGCUGGUCCGGCAAAAUUCAAAGUGGGCGAUUCGGUACUCGUGAACAAGACAGUUUUUGAGAAGAGUUACACGCCAAAUUGGAUCGAGGUGUUUACGUACCAUAAAGUGCAACGUACCAAUUCCGUAAUCUAUCUACUCGAGGACUGUCGCGAAAAAUCCGUUGCUGGAGCGUUCUACGAGCAUGAGUUGCAUCGCUACUCAUCCGGAUGUGUAUCUUGUAAAGAAAAUACUGCUCAAGAAAGGAGACAAGGUGUACGUCAAGUAGGCUAG